AGGAGAGUCGGGCGCCGGGCGGAGCUUCGGCGCGCCUCUGCCCCGCUGGUGGCCAGCUGCGGCUUCCUUCCAUAGCGGCUUCCUCGCGAGGCAGGUGAGUCCUGGGCCUCGGGGACCUGCUCGGAGCGCACUGGAACGGAGAUUGGUUUGUUCCUAAGAACCCCCCUCUCUAGGUCACGCCGCAGAAGGCAGCCGUAGAGGUUCUGCUCUAACGGCAGGCAUAGGUGGACUUCGCCGCCACGGAGCCCUAGAGAGAGGGGGUGCGAGGGUGGGACCAGUAUCCCCACCUCGGCUUCUAGAAAUAGAAAAUGCUGUGGCUCGGGAGCCAGAGCCUUUUGUUCUCAAUCUGAGCCUUGCCAGGGGCUCCCUGCGUGACUUUGGGCGAGUUCCGCCUCUCGCUGGGCCUCCAUUUCCCCACCCGCAAAGGGAGAGGGGUCUUUCCGUGGGUCUAAGUUCCAGACCGACUUAGAUUCACUUUCUUGACCAGCUUCCUCUAAGACAUAUCCCAGAUUCGCCAGGCGCGUCCCUUCUGCAAACGUGGCUGCACUCUGACCGCUAGAAACCUGUAUCAACUUUGGGAGAAGAAGCAGCAUCUAGCCUGUGGACAGCAAGCUGAAGAAUUUGUUUCCUUUGCAUUGAGGCACUAAUCCUUUCACUGCUGUCCACCCAGACGGAUGUUAUUAUCUCAUUAAAGACGAAGCUGGGGCGCAGACAGGUUUAGAGACAGGAUCUUCGGCUGGGAAGACCGUACCCAAGUGCCAGCGAUCCUGGCCCACGCAGCCUGGAAAGAGACAACCGUUAGAUCGAGGAGGUGUGUCUUGUCCAGCCUGGUUUCCCCUUGGCCCUGGGAACCUAAGGUGGACCUGGGAGGGACUUGGUCCCCUCCUGUAGACCCAUGGCUCACCGGCGAAAGAUACAGCUGUUGACAUGGGACGUGAAGGACACGCUGAUCAGGCUCCGCCGGCCCGUAGGAGAGGAAUAUGCCGCCAAGGCCCAGGCCCAUGGGGUGGAGGUAGAGGCCACAGCCCUGGAACGAGCCUUCAGGCAGGUGUUCAAGGCUCACAGCCGCAGCUUCCCCAACUAUGGCCUGAGCCAUGGCCUCACCGUCCGUCAGUGGUGGUGGGAUGUGGUCCUGCAGACCUUCCAUCUAGCGGGUGUUCGGGAUGCCCAGGCUGUGGGCCCCAUCGCUGCCCAGCUGUACAAGGACUUCCGCAGCCCCUGCUCCUGGCAGCUGUUGGAGGGGGCGGAGGCCACCCUGAGGGAAUGCCGGGAACGAGGCCUGAGGCUGGCAGUGAUCUCCAACUUCGACCAGCGACUAGAGGACAUCUUGGUGGGUCUUAGUCUGCGGGAACAUUUCGACUUUGUGCUGACCUCUUGGGCUACUGGCUGGCAAAAGCCGGACCCCCGCAUUUUCCAUGAGGCCUUGCGGCUUGCUCAGGUGGAACCAGCGGUGGCAGCCCAUAUUGGGGACAGUUACCACAAUGAUUACGAGGGGGCACGGGCUGUGGGUAUGCACAGCUUUCUAGUGGUUGGCCCGGGGUCUCUGGAUCCUGUGGUCAAGGAUUCUGUGCCCCAAGAACAUAUCCUCCCCUCACUGCCCCAUCUCCUGCCUGCCCUUGACCGCCUGGAGGGCUCAUCCACAGGGCAGUGAGGCUGGUGAGGGAAGUGGCUGGGCCCGACAGACCCUGGAGACAGGGAGCCCUUUCCUCUCCGAAGUCUGGCCUUUACUCUCUCCCUGCAGCCUCCCUAGUGCAUUCUGACUCUAAUGCAGUGAGUGUCUUAUUUUACGGAGAAAAUGUAAUGGACUUUUUGGACAACCCGAUACUUUCAAGCUUUGUUUUAGCAGCAGGGAUGUUUUGUUGUGGAAGAUCUUAAGUGGAACCCCAAUGUGCAAACCAGGAAAAGAACGAGAAACUGCUAGGGUUGAGGCAGAGGUCCUAGGGCCCCUCAUUCAGGACCUGAAGCCUCUACAACUCCCUGUACCUCAACCUACAAAGCCCUGCCUCCACUGACUCCUGCCUACCCCAAGCACCAGACUUCUUGCCCUGCCUCAGGACCUUUGCACUUGCUCUUUCCAGUGCCGGGGCACUUAACCACCUCAUUUUCCUACACAGUCAUUCUUCAGAUCCCUCCUGAAAGUUCACACGGCCAGGAGGUCCUCUGACAAAGACGAGAUGAGGUUCUCAGAUUGAUAACCUCGUGGUUCAUGCCGAAUUCAUUAAACUUAAGUGUUUGUGUACUUCUUUGUCUAA